AAGUUGUGUGUUGUCUCAGGCCGUGAACGCGUCGUGAAGGAGGACGCGUCUGUUCUGUCUCCAGUUGUUUUCUGUUAUUGUUGGACCGUUGAACACACACGCACAUCUUAUUUACAGACUUUACACGAACAGAACGUUUGUUUUUUUCAAAGCAGACAUGGCGCUCACCGACGCCGACGUACAGAGACAGAUCAAGCACAUGAUGGCCUUCAUCGAACAAGAGGCCAGUGAGAAAGUUGAGGAGAUUGAUUCAAGGGCGGAGGAGGAGUUCAACAUUGAGAAAGGUCGCCUGGUUCAGACUCAGCGGCUGAAGAUGAUGAAGUACUAUGAGAAGAAGGAGAAGCAGAUUGAACAGCAGAAGAAAAUCCAGAUGUCCAACCUGAUGAACCAAGCGAGGCUGAAGGUGCUGAAGGCCCGCGACGACAUGAUCAGGGAUUUGUUGAAUGAGUCCCGUGAGAGACUUGCAGAGAUCGCCAAGGACCCUGCUCGCUACUCCGCCCUGCUUGAGGGCCUCGUGCUUCAGGGAUUCUAUCAGCUGCUGGAGCCGAAGGUUACCGUUCGCUGUCGACCACAGGAUGUAGAAGUGGUUCAGGCUGCGGUCACGAAGAUCAUCCCCGUCUACAAAGAGGCAGUGAAGAUAAACAUCAACGUCAGAAUUGACCAGGAGCGUUUCCUUCCAUCAGAAAUCUGUGGAGGAGUCGAGGUGUACAACGAUAACGGGAAGAUCAAGGUUGCCAACACUUUGGAGAGCAGGCUUGAACUCAUGGCUCAUCAGAUGACGCCUGAAAUCAGAGUGAACUUGUUUGGCGCCAACCCCAACCGCAAGUUCACAGAUUGACGGUGGACUUGAAGGGCAACGCAGAGGGAAUAGUUCAGGUGACCACAGACUAUCAUCACUCACCUGCCAGACAGUCAUCAGGGUCAAUGAAAAGACAGAUUUUACUUCAUGGGAUGCUACGCUAUGUGUUUAUAUAUAUCUGUUUUAUUUAAUUUUUUUUUACCAUGGACUGUGUAAUAACCCGACAUGCACUCUUACAUAUAAGGGCCUUCUAUAUUACUUCUCAAAGGGUUGUCAGACGGACUGCUUGAAACGGCAUUGCACAUACGUGUUCCUUGAUUUGUUUUUGUGUAAACUGUUGCUCUUUUCUAACUUUGUAUUGAAUCAAUCAAAGCUGCAUGUUUUCAACGCCAAAGAUACACAUUGUCCCUCGCACCUUGUAGACUACAGCCUAUGAUGAGGUAGAUUAUUUGGUAUGUUUGCCAAACAGAACAUUUCAACUAGAACCUGACUGAUAUAUCGGUUGGCCGAUAUUAGCCUUUCACAGACAUAUCGGUAUCGGCCCGAUAUGCUUAGAGCCUGAACGAUAUUAUCGGCUAACUGACAUGAGCAUUUAUGUUUACAUUUCAGUUAAAAUAAAUGUUUGUUUUCUUAAUUCAA